AUGGAGAAUGCGACAGAGGAUCAGCUCAUCAUGCCUCAUCGCAUCAUUGAUGAUAUUUCUGAUUCUCUCCAGAACUCAUCAUCAUUGCAACCUGUCGAGGUCGAGGAGGCUACCUCGUCCGACGGGUCAUCCUCUUCUUCGGUACAGAACUCGCCGCCUUCUCUUGAUGUUCCUUCGCCUGAUGCUCCUCCUCCUCCAGUCCUUGAGCCUCGGCGCAACCUUCUUCAUCACCAUCCACUGAAGCAUCUCACGGACAUUCCUCGGCGUGUUUGA